CAACAGGAAUCUUAGUCAAAGAUUUGUCAUUCGACUCGCGAUAAGCAGCGUCGAAAGUCGCACGACAUACGGUUGUGGCUCCACGACGACAAUGCUUGAAGUUGACGCCCAGCUCUGACCUGUCGAAACGAUUCUGCUUCGAGGUGACCACAUAGCCACAGGUCCCUCCACUCUGAAUGAGUUGACUGUGCUCAAGACCCUCAUCGACCUCCGAAAUGGCGCUAGAACUGCUGCCAUUCGACAUCUUAAUCUCUAUUCUGAGUUUUCUUGGUCCCAAAGAAAUCCUUCAUCUCAGAAAGCCAGCCAAGCACGGACUGUAUGGCUCACCUGUCUUCAUCACAUAUGUGCUACACAGGGCAUGUUUCUUCCAACGUUCCCUCUAGAGGAUAUGUCCAUCGCACAAAUCGAACAUGCAGUUCUCUCCCCUUCUCUACUUUCGGCGCGGAUAAAGAAAAGUCCGGAGAACCAAGUCGUUUUACCUGCGAGAACACAGGUUCUUGGACCUGGAUCUGCUAGCACCAGUUCGGAAUCCGGAGAAUCAGAUCCCCCCGCAUGCCUUCAAGUUUGCCUUGUCCCCGGGGGUCGCUAUUUAUUCGCGAGAUUUGCUCAACCCAAUGGAUUAUCUCUGUGGGACCUUGGUUUGAAUGCUAUGGGACCGGCGGCUUCUUCACCCCUGGCGGUUGUUGAAGGGCCAUACGACGUGCUCGCUGAUAAAGAUCUCGGUUGCAACAGCAGCGGCAAUACCAACGUUUCCAUUCAAGAAUUCUAUCCCUCGAAGGCCGAGAAGGGGUUUGAACGACUGGGAGCUCUCGAAUUGAAGGGCAUUCUUCACAUACAUUCACAUUAUAUGCAGCUCUUUAUUGCCUUGGAUCAUUUUCAACAUGUCACGGUGUGGGAUUAUCAUGAGAACAUGUCAACGACUUGGCAAUUAGAAUCGAUCGCACAGGAAGUUCUCAUUGUUGGGGAGCAGAUCGUUCUCUUUAACGUCGAGGAAAUCAGCGUGUGGGAGAUACCCCCGUUAUCACGACAGGCCAACAACAGCAUUCUACACCAAGAAGUCAUUCGUCACUCCCCAAGAUUCGUGUUCAACCACAUUUACGCCGCUCUGACUAGGCACACGGCGUUCUCGGUUCCAUCCCCCUGGUGGCCAGCCUCCGCACGCGACUUUUAUGUCGGGCUCGUCAAUCCGGCACGACAAACCCCCGCAAUGUACUUUUACCGAUUCGAUCAGUCGACACAGCUAGAAUACCCAUACCGGGACACCAGCAAUCCAUCUCACGCAGGGAGAGUGCUCUCUCUCCCCGAUAAUCUUGACUGCAGGACUCUUUUCGGAUUACGUCUCUGCGAGAAUGAUUUUUGUCAGAGGUGGCAGUUGCAUACGGAUGUUAUGAUGAGUCUGAUCCCGAUUCCGAGCUCGAGGGAGGAACGGUACACGGCGAUCACGCGUUCGAUGUAUUCGGGUGAUAUGAUGGAUUUUGAUUUUUGUUCUGCGUCUGGAAGGUUGGCUGUUGCCACUGCCACAGGUCAGAUUCGGAUCUUGGAUUUCCUUCCUCCCGUCAGAUCAUGGUGCAUCGGCCUACUUAAAAAGCUAGUAUCUCAGCUCUUUGGAAUUAGUGGCAUUUGA